GUACCUGACAAGCCAUACCGGAAAAAGUUAACAUUGCUAAGUUUGGGUUGAUAAUAGGACGUAUUACUACAGCUGUUCGUGGCGGAGUGGUAUAUAUUGCAAGUACAGGAACCAAACAUUUAGCAGUUCUUAGCAAAAAGGAAAAAAAAAAAUAACCACAUCUCAGCUCGAUGGCUAGAAACAGGUGUCAUUUCACUUGCCAUGUUGUUGUUAUACAGGUUUUGCUUGUGUUAUUAGGGGAAGUACAAUGUGUCACAAUUACAGUCCUCAACCCCACUGUCAACGCAGAAGCUGGCACCGAUGCAGUUCUGAGAGUCAGUUUCACCAGUGGGACAAAUCCCUAUGUGUCCUGGCAACUCGAUCUGUCCAUUGCUUCAUGGACCAUCAACUCGAGCCAGCCUGCAGACAUUGCUGUCGCAUACAAGGGCCGGCUAACGAUAGACACUAAAGCCCCCUCUCUCACAUUGAAUAAGGUCACUACUGCUGAUUCUAGGGUCUAUAAAGUCUCUAUGCAAGCAACUGGGGAACCCAGUGAUGAGAAAUUCGUCACACUCAAUGUGUAUGAAAAUAUUACGUCAGUAUUUGUGAGCAUCUCUCCAGUGGAUCCGGUUGAAGGAAAGAAUGUCACGAUGACGUGUCAGAUCACAGGGACGGGCACAGAAUACUCGUGGAUGGUGAACGAAGCCCCGAUAACUCUGGACGGCCGGCACGUGGCCUCAGGAAACACAUUGACCAUCAAGUCACUGGUCAGGACUGACAAGGGCCGGUACAGCUGCACUGCUAAAAAUCCAAUUAACAGCUUGAAAAACAGCACUGAUCUGAUCGUUUACUAUGGUCCGGAUGAUCCUGUGAUCAAAGUGGACAGCACCAGUGCUGGGAAGCAGCAAGAUGCACUGGUGGGAUCAACUGUCCAGCUGGACUGCGUGUCUGAGUCCCUGCCCGUCUCAUACAACUGGAUAUACAGCUCAGUGAGUACAACCGGAGCGAGCAAGACACUGUCCAACAUCCAGAUGAGUCAGCAGGGGGACUACAUCUGUGAAGUGAUUAACGCCAAGACCGCUCUCACCAAGAGAAAAACCAUCACCAUCAACGUGUACUAUAUCAUCCAAGGGCUGAGUGUGUCGACAAACCCGGUGAUCCCAAAGGAGGGGGAUGCGCAGCUGGAGAUAAUCUAUACCACGGAUAAGGGCUCAGGAACAGCCACGUGGCUGAAGAAUGGAACAGCUCUGCCCAACGACCCACGAUACACUGUCACUCUGAACUCCCUGAAAAUCAACAGCCCUAACCGGUCUGAUUCGGGGGUCUACACUUGCAACCUGAACAACCCUUUUAGCACUAGCUCGGUCCAGAAGACCAUCAGCAUCUCCUACGGUCCAGAGAAGCCUCAGAUAUCUGUUACUUCCCUGGAGAAUCCUGAUCCUCUGAAGUAUGUCCUGGUUGGCACCACUGUGUUACUGAAAUGCAAGGCUGAGGGUGCUCCCCCUGCCACCUAUUAUUGGAACUUGGGGAAUCAGGAUGACCCCAGUGUGCCUGAGGGAGCCACUCUGAACCUGACCAACAUCCAGGCAAACCAGACGGGCAUCUACAACUGCAUCGCCGUGAACGACAAGACCAACAUGCGUGUGCGCAGCGUCAUCCCCCUCAAUGUUUACCAGAAGCCUGCGAGUGCUGGACCAACGUGCUCAAUGACGCCGGUGAAUUCUGAUCUGCAGUUUCACUGUUCAUGGCUGGAGGGCAUUCCGAAGGCCUCGUUGAAGUUUCUCGGACUUUCUGAGGUAAAACAGGCCAGCGAAACUCUGGAUCAGACUGAGACUGCAGCCAAACUACCUGCGCUCAACGGCAAAGAGAUCAUCUGCGUGGGAACGCAUCCCAUAGCUCCCAACAACUGCUCCAUCACUCCCAGCUCUCCAGAAGGCAUCCUGCCAUCCCUCAAUGCCACAGCGCAACCCUCUGGCAUAGUCUCUGUGACAAUUUCCUGUAAGGGAAGCUCCCAGCCCCCGGCCAAGGUCACAUGGUCUAAAGCAGAACAGUUGCUGACCCCAGGAGGGAUCUACACCAUAAGCAGUGACACCACAGAUCUGACCAUCACUGGCUUCAAUAUCAGUGGGGGUGAUCUGACAACGUACACCUGUGUCAGCACCAACCUGCUGGGCUCUCAGAAAAGCUCCAUCAACUUGACAGGCCCGGUGAUUUCAAAGUCUAGCAUAUUCGUGAACCCGGCUCACACCAUGGUGACAUUGACCUGGGAGACUCCAAGAGAUUCGGUUGUCACGGGAUUCAAUGUGCAGAUGACAGGCCCCGCCCUGCAGAGUAGCUCCACCUCCAGAGCCGCCAGUGAUUGGACGACCAUUCAGACGAUGGGGCCAGAAGCUCGCUCCACUGACAUCUCCCCCCUCCAACCAGGAGAGAUUUACCAAUUCCGGGUUAUACCAAUGGUGGGCCAAAACAAGGGGCCACCCUCAGAGACAUACAGUUUGGGCCAGGAUCCGGGAUUGAGUGCAGGCGCGAUCACUGGGAUUGUGAUUGGAUCUGUCUUCGGAUUCCUCCUCCUGUUGCUUCUCCUGCUUCUUCUUAUCCUGUGCUGUCUGCGUAGGAAAAAGCAACGUAAAGAACCGAAGUACCCAGCGCCACAAUCUAAUGAAAGGGUAGCAACUGGUGUCUCCCAACCAAACGUAUUACUGACUGGGGGAGUGGCAUCGCAAAGGAACGGACCCCCCAUUGGCAAUGGGAACAGGGCUUAUACACCUGAGCCCUAUACCCAGUAUGACAAAUCUUCCACCCUCCCCUCUUCUGCCACCCCUUCCGCGGUGCGAAUGGCUACCACAGUGUAAACCUGGACUUCCUGUGGCUGUCAUACUUCCUGGAAUAAAAGUACCUGCUUCAAACUCUCUUGAAGCACUGGACUCCGCUGAGACCAUUCAAACAAACCUGUUGGCUUUCUAAUUUUAGAAUGACUCAUCCAAAGGUUUGACAUUUUUGGGAGAGGUCAGGGAGCUGGGUAAAGCAGAGGAUUUUUUUUUUAUUAUUUGAACCCUGGUCCUGAUGUACCCUUAACGGUCCAAUUUUUAAUUUUAAGCAGGUCUUGUAUAUUGUAAAGAACUGGAAAAAUCACUUUAGCUACAUCCUGUUCUGAGAGAGAGAGAGAGAGAGAGAGAGAGAGAGAGAGAGAGAGAGAAUAUCAUUUUUCUUGUCUUUAGCUUUUACAUUGUAAGCCUAAAUGUUUAAAAACUGUGAAAAUGUGGAAAUAUUAACAAGUGUUGAAAACAACUAAAUUGCUCUUAAAUUUGUUUUACAAUAAAAUAACUGUUUUCUUGUGACUUGCCAAACAGAAAUAGAAAAUGUUAACAGUUAAUUUUUCAUGUUUCUUCAUCUUGUAUGUUCAGGUAUGGAUUCCCAGGUAUUAUUUAUUUUAACCUGAAGAAUGGUUUUACCUAAACAGUACUGUUAAUUACACUUUUUUUUUUUUUAAUGGCAUACUGUAUUUAAAACAAAAAACACAAGAUUGUGUAUGAACUCAUGCAUUA